AUGAUUGAAACGAGAAAAUUGACAAUUCAUGGAUGUUAUGGAGAUUGGGAAUUCGUAAUUCGCAAAUUACCAUUCGAACUUUUUAAGUCAAGGGAGAUUUUUGAUCGCUUUUGUCUUGAAGCUUAUCAGGAACCGCGUUUCUCAGAACUUAUCGAAAAGUUGACAUUUGACGAAGCAUUAACAAAACUCGGGAUCAACUUUCGCUUGACUCCGAAAGUGGAAAGGGAAAUGCGACUGAAACGGAUAAAGAAGAGAUUGAAUGUGGAAAUUGAUGGUGGAGAAGAUGAAGAAGAACAGUAUUUGAAAUGGUGUUCUGAAGAUGAUCGGACAACAAGCGGAAAUACUGUCAGCUUUUGGCACAAAAUUAUUGAUUCAAGGAAUGUGGAUUUGGAUGGUAUAGAGAAGAAUCUCUUUCUCACCAAUUUUCGCUUGAUCUACGAAGAUGGGAAUUUCAAAAUUGCCACCGGACAACGAGGAGAUUAUUAUUUGAUCUUUCGCUAUGCAACAUCG